UUCACAAGAUGAGGAAGAGGAGGCAAAACCACUCACUGUUAGUGAUGCUAGCCCUCAUACAUGUCAAGUUUGCACGCCCUGAAACAGAGCGGGCAAAGGCUCAGCGGCUGUCAUCUUUUAAAUACUUGGAGCAAAAGAAAGCAGAAGAACCCUGGAAAACCAUGGAAUUUUAUAAUCCUCAGAAUGAUAUUGCUGGUGUAGAACAUAGUUUGUUAUUUUGUCGAGAAAUGGAAUCAGAGUCACCAGAGUUCAACCUCCAUCCAAGGGAUUACUUGAAGUUAUUGACUCCAUCUACUUCUCAGGAAGAAAGUUCCAAGCCACCUGUACCCAGUAAUGUGUUAUCCAUGACACAGCUCAAGACUAUGGACUUGGCAGAUCAAGUCAGGGCUCUUCUUAUCAAGGCCAAAGUGAUCAGUUUCUCACAGCUGUGCAGACUCUUGUCCCCAGCAGCAAAGGAAGCAUCAGUGUUGAAAUGCUUACAGCAAUAUGCUGUCCUGGUGCAGGGUUGCUGGGUAGUGAAAAGUGAGUUGUUGUAUCCAGAGGGAACCAUCAGUCCUAGUGGUGGAAUUGCUGCUGAUAUUUUAUGCAAAGGAAGAGACUAUUUAAUGUGGAGAUUUACCCAGAGCAGAGUAGUUGUACGAAAAGAUAUCAAAUCAGUUACAAAGUUACCGAGUGAGGACAUCAAAGAAAUGCUAGAUCAGAUGUCGCGAAUGAAAGUAACUAUAGGCUGGGAGUUUGUGCUGCCAUAUGAUAUAGAGUUUGUUCAAAAGCACCCUGAUGUUUACAAACAGCAGCUGACCAUGUGGGAAGCCAAGUAUCAAGUUCUUCAAAAACAACUGAAUGUUCCAAAACAAGACAAGCUUGGAAUAGAUCUUAAGAAGAUAAACACUGAUUCCUGUCCCAGCAUAGGAAACAAAAGGGUUUCUAAGCCUUCCAAAUCCAAGUCGAAUCAUGUGAUGAACCACAACACAUCGCAGGAUGGAUCCACUGAGGAGGAACACUUACCAAUGGAAAUUGACUGUAAAGAAGUCGCUAGUAAUAAUAUGAAUCAUGAACUGCGUAAGGAACCUCUGGCGACAAAUGAUACACAUGUUCAGGAUUUGCUUAAAAUCUUACAGGACUUUGUUCGUGAGAAACUGCACAGAACAGUUUUAAGUUUAGCCGAUUUUAAAAGGCUGUUGCUUCUCCGGCAAACUGCAAGCAGCCCAGGAGAUCCACUAUGUUCAGGAGUGCCCGACGUGCUCCUGGAAAAGGCGAUCCUCGGUACAGGAGCGACAGAAAUAGAUUUCAAGUGGCCCACAGAAGCGCUGUCAGGCGAUAUACAGUCACGCAGACUAUUUUCUUUCAGAAGCACAGGUGACUCGGCAGAUGAGUAUCGAGCUCUGUUACUGGACAUGUUCAGCAAAUCCUGGGUCUUGACCAGGAAAGAAUUUAACGCCAGGGCCACGGAGCAGGUUGGGGCCGUGCCUGGAAGAAAGGAGUGGAUGACAAUCCAGCAGGAUUUGCUUGAGAGGAUGAGCAACAGGCAUAGCCAGUGGUAUCUGCGGGGAACAUCCACCAUUCUAACAAAUCUAUAGCUCCUGGUGAAUAAACCAUGUCGUUUUCUGCUCAUUGGCAGACAAGCUUCAUGAAAGGCGAGGCUGACAUCGAGUCAAGCAUGCGCAUCACCCAGUUGACGUUCAGAGUUUGACUGUUCUCACCGAACAGUGUAAUCCUUAAUAUGAGGACAAAAAAGCUUGGUCUUGAAUGAAUAUCUGCGGGCGAUAGUUUAUUUUUUUCCUCGGGAGAGACGUACAAAUUUUAUUCACAUAAUUGCAUAAAAGUUUGGUAGAAAGAAAUGAAACUACUGCAUGUACUAAAUGAAACGCCGCGGCGGUUUAGAAAUUUAUAACUUUUCCGUUGAACCGUUUAUGUUAGGGCAGUGUCUAUUCCAAAAUCACAUUUUGUAAACACUGACAAUAAUCAUGCUUUGGAAAACAAAGACAUGUUUAAGUUCCAGUUUCUCGCUUUUUUUUUUUCCGCGAUAGAUUCAUAAUGGGCCUAAUUGGAAUAUCAGUGCUACAUGGCUUGGUUAGAUUAUUGAGUUUUUCCAAGAAUCCAUAAAAAAUGCUGCCCUCUGUUGUUUUAGGGUGGCAUUAUUCGUGGGCAGUGUCUAGCGGUUAUUUUACAUCCAAUUGCGCCUUGUUUUGGUGAGCGGUGUUUAUCUGAGUAAAUACGGUAAAUGAAAUUUGUCUCUUGAGAAGUUUGAAAAUUUAGCUUGUUGUUUUUCUCGAUUGUCUCCUGUGACUGAGAAUGUCUUCAACUUGCACAGUAACGUGUAGCAAAUCAUCGUCAACAGAGUAAAAAUUGCAGCUUAUUCUUCGGUUUUUUAGAACACUUUUUUUAUAUUCCGGUGAAACAAGAUCAAUGCAAAAAAAAUUUUAACCCCUCUGCUUUUUGUGACUCUAGUUUUCAAAGUAAUUCGUUCUUGCUGAAUUGAAUAUCUUUUAUAUUACGAGGAUUUUGUUUUAUCUCAGGCGUCCUAGAAUAUUAGAAUAACCUUGGUUCAGAAGUCUGGACAAAGUAAACUAUUGCUCGUAGAUAAAUGCCCUUUAUGCCAAAGGGCCUACCGAGUUAAAUUACAUCAGUGUGAAAACGCAAACAAGAAAGGCCUCUUUGAAGACCACUACAGAAAUCGAGUCGCAAUCCUCACCCAGUGUGAAGCUGAUUCUGCCAGGGGCCUUUCACCACUGUGGCUGGCAAUAUGACCAGAUUAUCACUCUUCUUGGACUUUGUUCCUUGAAAGAGUUCAACCAAGUGGAAAACUAUUGAACAAUUUGAAACAAUGUAUACAACAAUAGGACUUAUUUAUUAUGUGCUCAGAUCACAUUGAAUUGAAAUUUCACAUGUCAAAUGACUGUACUAGAUGUUUCGUAGCAAAAAAUUAAAAACGCAUUUCGUGAACUGA